AUGCUUAAAUUCUCACAAUCUUCAGUGACAAGGGCCACUACCAACCUAAGAUUAGUCUCUAAAAAUAUCAGCCUCAGAAACAUGUCUACCAUCAGAGAAAUCGAUCCAUCUGAAAUUAGAAUUGAAACCGAUUCCUUCGGUGAAGUGAAAGUUCCAGCUAAUAAGUAUUGGGGUGCUCAAACUCAAAGAUCUUUCCAAAAUUUUAAAAUUGGUGGUCCAAGAGAAAAGAUGCCGGAACCUAUUAUCCAGGCCUUUGGUAUCUUAAAGAAAUCGGCUGCAAUUGUUAAUGAAAAAUUGGGAACUUUGGAUCCAGAAGUCUCAAAGGCUAUUCAAAAGGCAGCUGAUGAAGUCAUCGCAGGCAAAUUGACUGAUAAUUUCCCAUUGGUUGUAUUCCAAACAGGUUCAGGUACUCAAUCAAACAUGAAUGCUAAUGAAGUCAUCUCUAACAGGGCCAUCGAAUUGCUAGGUGGUAAAGUUGGCUCAAAGAGUGUUCAUCCAAAUAAUCAUGUUAAUCAAUCUCAAUCUUCAAAUGAUACUUUUCCUACUGUUAUGCAUAUUGCUGCCAUGACUCAAAUUAAACAUCAUUUGAUUCCAAAUUUAACUAAAUUGAGAGAUGCUCUACAUUCAAAAGCUGAAGAAUAUAAGGAUAUCGUUAAGAUUGGUAGAACUCAUUUACAAGAUGCUACACCAUUAACUUUAGGUCAAGAAUUCAGUGGUUACGUCCAACAAUUGACUAAUGGGAUUAGAAGAGUAGAGAUCACAAUGGAUUCACUAAAGAUGUUAGCACAAGGUGGCACUGCUGUCGGUACUGGUUUGAACACCAAGAUUGGGUUUGAUAAGAUGAUUGCAGAUGAAGUCUCCUCAGAGACUGGUAUGUACUUCGAAACUGCUCCAAACAAGUUUGAAGCCCUAGCUGCGCACGAUGCUAUUGUUGAAUGUUCUGGUGCUUUAAAUACCGUUGCGUGUUCUUUAUUCAAGAUUGCACAAGAUAUUAGAUACUUGGGUUCAGGUCCACGUUGUGGCUACGGUGAAUUAAGCUUGCCAGAAAACGAACCAGGUUCUUCUAUUAUGCCAGGUAAAGUUAACCCUACACAAAAUGAAGCAAUGACUCAAGUUUGUGUCCAAGUGAUGGGUAAUAAUGCAGCCAUCACAUUUGCUGGCUCUCAAGGUCAAUUCGAAUUGAACGUUUACAAACCAGUUAUGAUCUCUAAUCUUUUGAGUUCCAUUAGAUUGUUAGGUGACGCUUGUAACUCCUUCACUAUUCAUUGUAUUGAUGGGCUAAAGGCUAAUAAAGAUAAGAUCGAUGAGAACUUACAUAAGUCUCUAAUGUUGGUCACAGCACUAAACCCUCACAUCGGUUACGAUGCUGCCUCCAAGAUUGCAAAGAAUGCUCACCAUAAGGGUAUUACUUUGAAGGAGUCGGCUCUUGAAUUGAAACUUUUAACUGAAGAACAAUUCAAGGAAUGGGUUAUUCCAGAAGAUAUGAUCGGUCCAAAACCAUAA